AAUUGGGGAGGCGUCGUAUUCAUCUUUCACCGUUUCUAACUCCCUUCGCCCCUGUUCUCAUACCACAAUGGCCGCCAUGGAAGGCGUUCUCCAGAACCAACCUCCUCAGCCCCAACAACCGCCGCAACCCAUGGCGGUGGAGAGACUAAACGACGCCGUGCAGCAACAGCUGAAUCUCGAGGCCGUCAAGACCCGAGCCAUCAGCCUCUUCAAAGCCAUCUCCCGCAUUCUCGAAGACCUCAACGCCUACGCUUACGCCAACACCACGCCCAAAUGGCAAGACAUCCUGAGCCAGUACUCCAUGGUCAACCUCGAGCUCUUCAAUAUCGUCGACGAAAUCAAAAAGGUCUCCAAGGCCUUCGUGGUGCACCCCAAGAACGUCAACGCCGAAAACGCCACGGUGUUGCCGGUGAUGCUGUCGUCAAAGCUGUUGCCGGAGAUGGAGGUUGAAGACAAUGGAAAGAGGGAGCAAUUGCUUCAUGGGUUGCAGAACCUCCCACUUUCUUCCCAAAUUGACAAGCUUAAGGCGAGGAUUGAUAUGAUUGGAGCUGCUUGUGAAAGUGCAGAGAAAGUGUUGGCUGAUACACGAAAAGCUUACUGUUUUGGAACCCGUCAAGGCAUUCCGAUUGUUCCUACUCUGGACAAGGCGCAGGCUGCCAAAAUUCAAGAGCAAGAGAAUCUUCUCCGAACUGCAGUUAACUUUGGCGAAGGUUUACGGUUACCUGGAGAUCAAAGACAGAAUGCACCUACACUUCCAAUGCAUCUGGUAGAUGUACUCAGUGUAGGUGAUGGAGUGCAAACUUUCCCUGAAGCAUCGGGGAUGUACUCAAAGAAUACCCCUGUAUCAUCAAGUAACUUGGCUGGUCAGAGCCCUCUAAUGCAGGUUUCUGGAUCACAAAUUAUGGGAAGGCCAGCUGCAUCUCCUGGUGGUGCAAGUGUUUCAAACUUUGAUAACACAACUACAUCUCCGCUGCCAUAUGCCAACUCACCAAGGUCUGGUACAACUAUGAUGAAUACCCCAUCUCCUCAACAACAAAGCCAGCAACAGAAGCAACAACAACAGCAGCCACAGCAGCAGAAGUUGAUGCAAUUACCUCAGCAUCAGCAACUCCUGGCUCAGCAACAAUUUAGGCACAAUGCAAUGCAAGGAAUGGGACAAAAUCAGCUGCAGGAUUUGCAGGGCCAGGCUCAGCAGAAGUUUCAGUCGUUACAUGGACAGCAUCAAAUGCAAUUCUCUCAGCCACUGGGGCACCAGCAAUUUCAAGGUCGGCAGUUGCCCUCUGGACAUGUACAACAUGGCAUUGGUCAGAACCAACUUAACCCGGGAAGCCAAUUGAAUCGCCAUCUUAGCCAGUUUUCUGGCACUGCUAAUAGUGCAUUGUUUAAUGCUGCUCAAACGACACCAAGUCAAAUGAUACCAAACAUGUCGGCUACUAUGUCCUCUCCAUCACUUCUGCCACGAAUGCCGUACGAAAUGCCUGGUAGCAAUCCUCAGAGGAGUCACGCUUCCCAAAUUUUGAGUGAUCAAAUGUUUAAUAUGGGAGCAGCAAAUACCGGUGGUAUGAUGCCUCUACAACAGCAGCAGCAGCAGCAACAGCAACAUGGUUCACAAGGUUCGUUCGGAAACAUUCAGCCGAAUGCUCAGAAUCUGCAGUCUAAUAUGGUAGCACUUCAGAGCACACCACAAAAUCAUCCCAAUUUUGGCCAGCAGAGACAGCAAAACCAGCAAUAACAAUAAUUAUUCGUGUUUGUCUGACACGUACUCGAUAAAUAUUUAACUUUUAUUAUUUAGUUCAUUAACGUUAAUUGUUAGUUCAA